GAACCUCGGAUUGUUGUUCAAAUGGACACAGAGAGUCCUGCAAUAUACAAGAAAACCUGUUUGGAUUAUUAUUUCGACCAACCGAUCCUAUUAACUGGAGAUGUACGUGUCAUAUUCUAUGAGAAAAUGAUAGGAGGCCGUCUCUUCUAUUGUUGUUUCAAUACAGCUUUUGUUAAAAACAGCAUGGUACAGCUGGGAAUACAGGAUUUGGACAAAGUUGGGAAGAAAGGAAGAUCAAUAUGUGGAAGUGAUUUUAGCUUGGAAUUACUGUUUGGUCCUGCCAAUUCAUCAAGUGUAUCCAAUAGUGACAAUGCUAGUAUUGUUUCCUUGUGAUCAUAAUAUUUAUGCAACAGAUAAUAUGAAAGGUCAUGUUCAAUUUUACAUUACACUAACGUGUGCUGCAAAAAAAAAAAAACAGCAGAAAAUUAUAUCCAAUCAUAAAUGAGUCCAUCAAUGUUUUGUUGUGUAGUGUUGCAUUCAUUCUUUCAAUAGUCUUGCUGUCUAAUUUUUUUAUUGGCACAAGACAUUAGGAGAAAGUGCAAAUGUUGUAUUGUUUUGAUGUUUGAGUAGCAUUUCGAGAAGAUGGGGUUUCAAAGCACAUUAUAAUGCAAAAGUUGCUAUGUUUUCACA